AUGGGUGCCAGCGACUCCAAGCUAGUUUUCAAGAAGGGCAUAUUCAGGCUGUCAGAGGAGCGACACAUCCCCGCCGAUGAUGCAUACUGGACUUCGUUCUGGGAGCUCCCAGAGUCAUCAGAGGAUGUCUUCAGCCUGUUUUCGCCCUCCGAUAUCCGAAGAACCAGAGACAAUGCCAUAGAGAAUCUAGAGACGCUAAUACUCGCCGUGACAUCCCGGCUAUUCAUACUGCGCCAUCACCCAUCGUUUCCUGACCCCGAACUUGCGCCCGAAAGAGAUGCCCUCAAUUGCAUCAGAAUACUGACUCGGAUCUUGCCCUACAUAUAUGAGGUCGAUCCUCUCCAAGCCUGGGAGGAACGGUUCUUCUGGGGAGCGAGGAGGAAACGAACUAGACGCGCCGUCAUUGCGAACGAGGUGCUCUUUGAUGAAGCCCAACCAGAUGAACCCGAUGUAAAAGCAUCGGCGGAAGAGUACGAGGACGCAAAGCCGUUGGCAGAGGAAUUGAUAGAUACUCUGAUCGAUCUGUUGUUUUUCUCGGAUCUGACGGGUCCGAAACAACCCCAUGGAAAUCCGAAGGUCACCUACGCAAUUUGGCAGAGUGGCGUUGGCUGCAAUACAGCAGUCGCAACAACGAAGGAAUAUGAAAGCAACCGUUGCGAGAUACUGCGCUUGCUCCUGACCUUGGCCGGUCAUAGCAUGUAUAUGUCUCCUAAUGUACUGCCAACCAGGGGGACCAGGGCUCUGACGUAUAUUUGCACAUGCUCGGACAAGCAGGUAGUACUCUCGGUACUCUGCUCCUUGCUCAAUACGACCCUUAAAUACAACCCGGCGACCUGGAGAGUUCCGUACAAUACGUUGGUAUUCAAAGAUCCCAAGGAAAUUCUGGUUACGUACACGUUACAAUUCCUGCUGGUGACCGUACUUUACCCUAUUCCAGAGUCAAUUUCGGGUUUUGCGCCAAAGAACUUUUACCGCCAUUUUCUGGGAAGACUACACCGGCCCCAAGACUUCCAGUUCAUCGUCGAUGGUAUGACCCGAAUAUUGAACCAGCCAUUCCAGGCCAACACGUCAUAUAUACCCGGUACACAGACGACGACAAAGUUCUCGCCUGAGAUCAUUAUGCUCUUCUGGGAAAUAACCCAGUGCAACAAGAGGUUCAGGUCCUACAUGAUUGACACUGAGAGGGCCCACGACUUUGUCAUUCUUAUUUUGUUUUACGCAACAGAGUACAAGGAAGACGCAUCCAAGCAAGGCGUUGUGCGGAUGUGUGUCUUCUUGUUGCAAACGCUGAGUGUUGAAAAGAAGUUUGGAGUCAACUUAAACAAGAACUUCGACGCGCAGGAAACUUUGCCCCAGGUCAUCAGGAUACCGGGUUUCAAAGGCACCUAUGCCGAUUUCUUGAUUCAGUCGAUAUACAACCUCAUCGCUACCAGUCAAGGCAAAUUGUCUGCCAUCUAUCCAGCACUACUCGCUGUGAUUAACAACAUCGCAGCCUACCUCGAAGGCAUUAACGGAACGACCUGUUCCAGGUUAAUGCAGCUCUUCACAUCAAUGUCGUCUCCUUCGUUCCUCCUGGCCAACGAGUCCAACCAUGAUCUGUUGAGUUCGCUUCUCGAGUCAAUGAAUGCCAUCAUUGAACACCAAUACAAGAAGAAUGCCAAUUUCAUGUAUUCCAUCUUGAAGAACAAUAAACGCUUCGAGGCUCUGCGAUCAUUCACGCUGGAAAGUGGACAGGAGGAGAUAGAGCGACGGAAUCGUCGGAGGAAGGAAUCCGGUCAACCCAUCGAUCCUUUUGACACGAGCUCGAGAAGCUCUGUAGACAGUUUACGAAGUCCUACCUCAACGCAACCGAGGACUUCGACUUUGAGCGACGUGCCCGAAGAAGACGGCACUUUUGCAAUAGGGGACGAUGACGAGGAUAGUGAUGAAGAUGAACGACCAACACCAGCACAAUCGAGCCCCAGCGAGAACCCCUCUCGUGCUUCGUCAGUAGUCGAUAUAGACGAUGCAGUGCCGACCCAACUCAGGGGCAUGUCGGAGAAGGCUAGGGGAAAGAUGCCCGCAGGGACCGCGACCUUUUCUAGGCAAAAUAGCACCACAAGUCUGAGUAGCUACUCGGCAGCUGGGCAGUCGGCAAUGGGCGUUUUUGAGCCUUCCACACAUUGGAUUGAGAGCUGGCUUCCAGAACUGCCUCUGCACACGGUUCUCACGGUAAUUCAGCAGCUGACAGCUCUCAUCACGAGACAGGGGUUGAGCGCUGAUGCAACAGCAUCUACGACCCUGAAAAUUAUACAAAAUGUGGAUUUGGUCGGUAUCGAGCCAUCGGCGGUGCGGGUCCACUCGUUCGAGUGGUCGCCAUUAGCAUUGGGAUGGUACGAGUCGCUGGUCUGGAGCUUCGUGUUUGCGAGCGAGAUGCAGGUCGCCAAGGGUACAGUAGGCAUCUGGAACGGGACCUCGAUCAAGCUAUUCAAGGUGCAAGAAACAGCAGCGGAGGGUCCAACACUAACUUCGCCCCGUGGAGCUGUUGAUGCGGUUGGUAGUAAUAUCGUAUCGAGAAUUGGGUCGAUGAAUUUAAGAGGGGUGUCCGGCGCUCCUGGUACCUCAGGCUCGACCGGGAGCCUAGCGCUGCAAAGAAGCAGCACGAGUUAG